AAAAUGUAGUAAAAACAAAGCAGCUUAUACUACCACCAAAUUUUAAAACAAGCACGCUUUCGACUAUUGAUGUAGAUAGAUUGAUAAAGCUGUUGUUACUUCAAGAUGUCCUUAAUGAAAGAUAUCAACCAAAUGAUUAUGGAUCCGUGUAUUCAUAUAUUGAGCUUGGACCCAAUGCGGAAGCACUAAUAAAAGACAAAUUUAAAAUAGUACUCCCUCGCGUUGAGGUUCGAUCUGAGGUAUCGUCGGAUCGAAUUCCAGAACCUCGGGUUACACAAUGUUCUGAACAUCACUAG